AAAAAUGACAACUAAUUAGGCCCCUGCGGCCUGCCCACAACACAAAAAACCCUCUUCAAAAAAAAAAAGAAACAAAAACCACCCCUCUCCCCAAAAUUUCAAAUCUUUUCUCUCCUCUCUCGUAUUUUUCUCUCCCAAUCUUCAAGAUUUCAUUAAUCUUUUUAUUAUCCAUUAAACCUCAACACCCCACCUCUCUUACUUGACCAUUUCGACAAAACACCCACACCCACCCUACACAUACAUAAAUAUAUAUAUGAAUUUUUGUAUCUGUAGUUCUGUUAUGUGCCCUGAAAAGCUCUAGCUUCAAUUGGGCUUUAUGGGUUUUCUGGUUUAGCUUAAUCUGCAUUGGGGGAAACAAUGUCGGAUGAUAUGCUUCUUCAUUUCUCGUCCAACUCUUCGAACCAAUCUGACCAGUCUCUUAAAAUUGCGAAACUCGAAGCGCGGAUGGUGGGCAAGGCCUCCUCUGCUGCUGUUUCUUCGGUUUUAGUACAGGCGAAAGUUGGGCCUGACAAUGCUGCUGAUGUGGAGAAUGAGGCGGAAUCUUUGCUCUCUAGUGAUUCGGAGGAUAAUGGCGAAGACUUUCUAAUUCUAGCUAACACCAAGAAGCGUCAGAGAGCUGAAGAUGAACACUCCGAUGUGUUUGAGGAUCUCGAGAAUGCGGCGGAUUCCAGGCAGAAAUCUGACGGAACGCUUGAUGGAAAGAUAGUUUUAGAGGGAAACAAGAAAAAGCAAAUCCCUUGUAGGGAUCAGUCAACAUCAGGCAAAAAGCGUGGCUCCCGUACUAAACCGAAAAUGUCUCCUCCGACGGUUCUGCAAUCAAAUGGUCAGCUUGAGAACUCAUCUCAGAAGGAUCGCUUGCCCAAAGAGCAACAUGGACUUGGUGAUCAUAUAUUACUUGAGGAGCUCACUUCUUUACGUUCAAAAGUUGUCGCUUUGGAGGAGGAAUUAAGGAAGUCACGUCAAGAAGCUUCUGACAAUCAACUUGAGCGCAACCAAUUGGAUAAGGAACUUAAGGAUAUUAAAGAAAAAGAGCAGCAGAUGAAGCCGAAGAGACUGAAAGUACUCUCCGAUCUUUUAAUAUCUGUCUCAAAAGCUGAGAGGCAAGAGGCUAGGAUGAAAGUACGCCAAGAUUCUUUGAGACUUGGUAAUGUAGGUGUUAUCAGAGCUGGUACCGUCAUAUCAGAGACAUGGGAAGAUGGACAAGCAAUUAAGGAUCUCAAUGUUCACCUUAGACAAUUACUGGAAAUGAAGGAAGCUGUUGAAAGGCAGCGCAAGUUGCUGAAGAAGAGGCAGUCAGAUAAAGGUGUGGCAAGUGAUGCAGAAGCAAGAGCGCAAGAAGAAGAUUCUCUUAUUCAGGAUGAGAUCUAUAAAUCCCGUUUAGCUAGCAUCAAACGAGAGGAGGAAACCCUCAUACGUGAAAGAGAUCGUUACGAAAUAGAAAAAGGAAGGCUUAUACGAGAAAUGAAACGCAUACGGGAUGAGGAUGGUUCUCGCUUUAACAAUUUCCAAAUUUUAAAUCACCGAUAUGCUCUCUUGAAUCUUCUUGGAAAAGGAGGAUUCAGCGAGGUUUACAAGGCUUUUGAUUUGGUAGAGCACAGAUAUGUUGCGUGCAAGCUUCACGGUUUAAAUGCUCAGUGGAGUGAAGAGAAGAAGCAAAGUUAUAUACGUCAUGCAAUCCGUGAAUACAAUAUUCACAAGACCUUAGUGCAUCAUCAUAUAGUGCGACUUUGGGACACUUUUGAGAUAGACCAAAAUACAUUCUGCACAGUCUUGGAGUACUGUAGCGGUAAAGAUCUUGACGCAGUUCUUAAAGGGACCCCCAUCCUGCCAGAGAAAGAAGCUAGAAUAAUCAUAGUUCAGAUUUUUCAAGGGCUUGUUUACUUGAACAAAAGAACACAGAAGAUCAUCCAUUACGAUUUGAAGCCUGGAAAUGUUCUUUUUGAUGAGCUUGGAGUUGCUAAAGUGACUGAUUUUGGUCUUAGUAAGAUAGUGGAAGAUGAUGUUGGGUCCCAGGGCAUGGAACUUACAUCUCAGGGAGCUGGAACUUAUUGGUAUCUGCCUCCUGAAUGCUUUGAGCUAAAUAAGACUCCCUUCAUAUCAUCGAAGGUUGAUGUUUGGUCAGCUGGGAUUUUGUUGUACCAAAUGCUCUUCGGUAAACGUCCUUUUGGGCAUGACCAAACUCAAGAACGGAUUUUACGUGAAGAUACUAUCAUAAAAGCUCACAGAGUGGAAUUUCCUUCAAGACCUGCUGUCUCGAGUGAAGUGAAGGAAUUUAUCCGCCGAUGCCUAACAUAUAAUCAGGUAGAGAGACCAGACGUGCUAACGAUCGCUCUAGACCCAUACCUCACAUACACGAAAAAGUGACGAAACAUGCAACUGUCCAAGGAGAGCAAGCAAAGAAUGUACCAGGAAUUUUGUAUAGUUGUAAAGCUCUGUCAUACACUGCUGCUCUGACUCCUGGGAUCCCCCUUGUCCAUCAACAAUUUGACACAGCCCCCUCUUUUUUGAACAAUUUUUUUUUAUACUUCCAUUUUGUCGCGAUUUUUUAGUAAAAUUUUGCUUCUCUGGGUUACUUUGCGAAAAGGCGAAAGCUGAUGUAACUUGUUUAAAUAUGCUGAAUUAUUUAAUCUCCGGAGUGUCAAUUUUUUUUUGCUUGGAA